UAGGGAGUAGUGGGGCCAACCUCUAGCUUCUAGGGUGGAAGGGGCACUGCUGGAGCAAGCUGCUCCUAGGCUGGAGCCAUUCAGAAUACUGCCAUUAUCCUUGGGGUGGGGUGAGGAUUGCAGUGGUAUCAGCAACCCCCGCCCCCAUUAAAUUAGUCCCAAUAUUCAUAUAAUAUGAAAUACAUGCAUACAUUUAUUUAAUCAAUAAUGCUGGGUACUAGGCCCCUAGUUCUGCCUUGCCUUGUUCUGUCUAAACAAAGCUUGAUCUAGUUCAUAGUUACCAUGCUAAGCUGGGAGAAUGGGACCAGUGUAGGAAGGCUACGUGGAGGAAGUUUCAUUUCUGAUGGGAAUGGGAAGUUUCUGAGGUAGAGGACUUGGGGCCUUGGGCUGGAGGUGCAGUGGGGCUGGGUCUCUUUGGGAGGGAAGAAUUGGAGAGUGGCUUUGAGUUCUAGGAUGGGUUUCUGGUGUGGGGUUAUGGAAGCACCCAAACUUGCACAUAGUAGAGGAGAGAUAUAGGAAGUGAGGCUGUGCAUGUGUGGGAGGAGGCAUUGCAUACCCCAGAGGAAGAGGAAGGCCGGACUUAGUGUUGUCUGUAUACCCAUAACUCCCCACGACUAGGUACCUGACCAGCACAUGGUGGUCAGGGCUUGGUCAGGACCAGGGACAGCUCCUGCCCUGCUGUUGCUCUCCUUCCUUUGUACGGUUCCCUCCCUUUCUGUAUCCUCAGCCACUUCCACCAGGGCUGCCUCUCAGUCACACCAGCAUUCUCAGUAAGAUCUGAUUGGUCAUAUCUAGGUUCUCCCCACUCCUGCCUGUGAGCCUGAGUCUCCUUAGGGGUGAUAGAACUGGUUAUGCCCACAUUCAUCUCCUUCCCCUGUUCUUUUCCCUACCUUUGCACAAAUUCUGUAUCCUCCAUUCUUCAUUCUCGCUCAAUCUCUUCCCAUGCCAGCCUUUCAUGUGCUAUCAUCUGAAGCCACUCUGUCCCCCUUUCCCUACCUUUCUCACCUUACUCUUGAUUUCUCACUUAGACCUCUUCUACUACAUGCUAUCCAAGUGUCUCCUCCCCACCAGACCCCCACCCCCACCCCCUCAUGCCCCGCCAUGACCAAUGUAGCACAUACAAGCCAGGAAAUGAGAAAAAACCUGGAUUCUGAAAUCAGACCUAGGUUUGAUACCGGUUGUGCCACUGACUUGCUGUGUCCUAUUAACCAGGUGAUUAGCCUCUUUUAACCUCAUUUUCUUCACCUGUAAAAUAAGACAGUUUUUACUCUGAAGACUAUAAACUAAGAACGUAGUGCCUGGUGAACAGCAAGUGCUCAAAGUUUGCCUCAUUGACAGACUGCUAUGAGGAUAAUAGCAAUGCUUUCAGUACACGGGAUAUGCAAAGGACUACUUUUCAAGGUUUUAUAUCUAAAUUGUUUUGACCCAACAAUCCUAUUAGUACUAUUGCUGCAACCUCCAUUCUGCAGAUGAGGAAACGGCCAUGGAGACGCUGGAGCUGCUCAAACUGGAGUAGUUAUUUUCAGGGAGUUGGUGUUCCUGAGGGCCGGCGGUGGUCUGAACCUGAAAACUCCCAGCUCCUGGAGAGGAGGGGCAGAACUACAACUCCCACAAGGCUCCGCCCCUCCCCCGAAGCACUUUGGAUCGGCGUGGGCGGUUUGGUGGCAAGGAUUGGAGGGCGGGAGCCGUGCUGAUUUAGGAUUGGUAAAAUUGUAUGAGCCCCGCCUCAAAGACCCGGAAGUAAUCUCUCCGGUUGGCCCAUGUGUACCCGGGAAACUAGUUUGGAGGCGCGGACUGACAGACUCGUUGGGGGUCCCUUUUGAGGACGCGAGCCCUGAAGCUGACCGAAGGAGAUCUCCGCUGCUUCCCGCCACCCAAGCUGUGCCCCAUGGAGUCUACAUUCAGCAGUUCCGCAGAGGCGGCGCUGCAGCGGGAGGCGGGCGCCGCGGGGCUGCUCACUCCUCUCGCGGACCUGGACCGAGUAUACGAGCUGGAGCGAGUCAUCGGAUUUGUCCGCGACCUGGGGUGUCAACGGGUGGCGUUGCAGUUCCCUGACCAGCUAUUGGGAGAUGCUGGGGUCGUGGCUGCACGGCUGGAGGAGACCACGGAGUCGAAGAUGUUCAUUCUGGGGGACACGGCCUAUGGCAGCUGCUGUGUGGAUGUCCUAGGUGCUGAGCAAGCUGGAGCUCAGGCCCUUGUACAUUUUGGCCCUGCCUGCUUAAGCCCUCCAGCCCGCCCACUGCCAGUGGCCUUCGUUCUUGGUCAGCGUCCUGUGGCCUUAGAGCUCUGCGCCAAAGCCUUUGAGGCCCAGAACCCAGACCCCACAGCGCCUGUGGUGCUGCUGAGUGAGCCGGCCUGCGCCCAUGCCCUGGAGGCCUUGGCCACUCUCCUGCGCCCACGGUACCUGGACCUGCUUGUCUCCAGCCCAGCUCUUCCCCUGCCGGUGGGCUCCCUCAGUCCAGAGCCUGAGCCCCUUGAGCGUUUUGGGCGUCGCUUCCCCCUGGCUCCUGGGAGGUGUCUGGAAGAGUAUGGUGCCUUCUAUGUAGGGGGCUCUGAGUCCAGCCCUGACCCUGACCUUGACCCUGACCUGAGCCGGCUGCUCUUGGGCUGGGCACCAGGGCAGCCCUUUUCCUCCUGCUGCCCAAACACAGGGCGGAUUCAGGAUGAAGGUGCCCGGGCUGGGAGGCUAAGGACACGUAGACGCUACCUGAUAGAGAGAGCCAGAGAUGCCCGAGUGGUGGGGCUGCUGGUGGGCACGUUAGGUGUAGCCCGCCAUCAUGAGGCGCUAGCACACUUGCGGAACCUGACUCAGGCUGCUGGCAAGCGUAGCUAUGUAUUGGCUCUGGGGCGGCCCACACCUCCCAAGCUUGCCAACUUCCCUGAGGUGGAUGUCUUUGUGCUGUUGGCCUGUCCUCUUGGUGCCCUAGCUCCCUGGCCUUCUGGUAGCUUCUUCCGGCCUGUAUUGGCACCAUGUGAGCUGGAGGCUGCCUGCAACCCCGCCUGGCCACCUCCAGGCCUGGCUCCCCACCUCACACACUACGCAGACUUAUUGCCUGGCUCUCCCUUCCAUGUGCCCCUGCCCCCACCUGAAUCGGAACUGUGGGACACCCCAGAUGUGUCACUCAUUACUGGGGAACUCCGACCCCCACCCGCCUGGAAGCCAUCAAAUGAUUCUGGAUGCUCAGCCCUGACCCUGCGGCCCCCGCUGGAGUUGGCUGAGAGCAGCCCAGCAGCCUCGUUCCUUAGUUCUCGGAGCUGGCAAGGGCUGCAGCCCCAGCUGGGUCAGACACCAGUGAAAAGAGCUGUGAGUGGAAGACGAGGGAUUGCCAUUGCCUACGAAGACGAGGGAAGCAGCUGAUACCAUGUGAGGCCAGAGACACAAAUGGACUUAAGAAUUACUGCUAAGACCUUUUUAGUGUUCCCUACACCAACCUCACCCCUCUGCCAGGAUCCUUGAAGAAGCCUGCAUGGAAAGAGGGUAGGCUGCCCCUCCUUCUGAGGAUAGGAUCCAGCUCUGUCUUGUCCUGGCACUGGCACAAAGCUUAGCACGUAUUGGCUUAGUAAAUGCCUGUUGUUUGACUGAUGGGGACUGAUUUGGGGCUUUCCUGAAGCCUUCUAAGCCUGUCUAUUCUGGGAGCAGUCCAGGACCUCUGGCCAAUUCCAGUUUCUGGUGUGCAGUUAAGGGUCUGCCAUUGUCAAAGGCAGGUAUACAUGGUCUAGACAUGGGUUUCUCAACUUUGGCACUAUUGACAUUUUAGGCCAGAUAAUUCUUUGUUGUAAAGGGCAGUUCUGUGCAUUGUAGGAUGUUUAGCAUCAUCCCUCGUUUCUGCCACCAGAUACCAGUAGCAUCCUUUCCCAAUUGUGAUAACUAAAAAUAUCUCCAGACAUUGACAGAUGUCCCCUGUGGGGGCAAUACUGCCCUCAGUUGAGAACCACUGGUCUAUACUUGUGCUGUCCAGUACAGCAGCCAUUAGACACAUAUGGCUAUUUAAACAUAAAUUUAACUAAUUAAAAACUCAGUUUUCUAGUCAUACUCGUCACAUUUCAGUGCUCAAAUAGCCACAUGAAUGGACAGCAUAGCUAUAGGAGAUCUCCAUCAUCAAAGAAAGUUCUGUUGGAUAGGGCUGGUCUACAGUGACUGAUUUGUUUCUUAGUGAGAUCACAGAAACUUGAAUAAACCAGAUACUUUUUC